GCCAGCGAGCGAGCAAGCGAGAGAGAAGAGAGAGAGGGGGGCCUGAAAGGCGAAAAGACACCGUGCCUCCGUUUCCAGCAUGUGCUGAACAUUUGUCAGACGUGAGAGUGGAUAUCCCACUCAUCAGAGAAACAGCUUUAUCGCUUUCAGACUAAAUGAAUGGGUGAGAUUUCCCUGGGAGCGGUUAAUAUGAAUUUAGCAGACACCCUGUGGCUCUUGCAGUCUCUUCUGCUGAGCUGGGUGGCAGCAGGCACGGAGCCCACCACAGACACAUCAGUCAAGCCUGCAGAGAACAUAACAGAGGGCCAAGGCCAGGCUGUGAGCCAAGGUCAAUACAAAUGUCUUGAGCUGUCCAACAAAGACCGACUGCACAACAGAACCGGUGUGUAUUGUAGUCCUUUGUGGGAUGGCCUGUUGUGCUGGGAAGAGACACCAGCUGACACAAAUUUAACCCAGAACUGUCCAGAUUAUCCUGACAUGGACCCCACUGAAAAAGUGACAAAAUAUUGUGAUGAAUGGGGUAAUUGGGUCCAGAGUUCCCCCAUUAAUAUGGCUGGAUCCAACUGUCAACCGAACUCCAAGGACAAAUUAAAGGUUUCGGAGCACACCGCAGUAGAAACCACCACUGAGGCCAAAGUCUAUCCCAUGGUUGAAAUGGUGCAGAAGCAAAUUCUCGACGUCCAAUACAAGUGCUUUGAAAAAAUGAACCGAGAUCCACCUUACAACAAAACAGGGCUUUAUUGCAGUCGUAACUGGGAUGGCUGGCUGUGCUGGGACGAUACCCCAGCGGGGACCUACGCCUCACAGAACUGCCCCAAUUAUUUUGUCGACUUUGACUCCACAGAGAAAGCUACUAAGUAUUGUGAGGAGCACGGGCAGUGGUUUCGCCACCCGUACACCAACAGGACUUGGUCAAACUACACACUCUGCAACGCUAACACUAAAGAGAAGUUGAAGUCAGCGUACAUCCUGUACUACAUGGCAAUUGUGGGUCACGCUUUGUCCAUAGCCUCGCUGCUCAUCUCUCUGGCCAUCUUCUUCUACUUCAGGAGUCUGAGCUGCCAAAGGAUCACACUGCACAAGAACCUCUUCUGUUCCUAUGUGCUCAACUCUGCCCUCACCCUCAUCUACCUCAUCGGUGUGGUCAGCAAUCCUGAAGUAGUGGGCAGAAACCCGGUAGGCUGUAAGGUGUUGCACUUCUUUCAUAUGUACAUGCUGGGUUGCAACUACUUCUGGAUGCUAUGCGAAGGCAUUUACCUGCAUACGCUCAUCGUGGUGGCCGUCUUUGCAGAGGAGCAGCAUCUUCAUUGGUAUUACCUCCUGGGCUGGGGGUUUCCGCUAGUGCCCGCAUCCAUCCAUGCUGUGGCAAGAAAGAAAUAUUUUGAUGACAACUGUUGGAUGAGUGUGGAAACCCAUCUGCUCUACGUGGUCCAUGGACCCAUCAUGGCAGCGCUUCUUGUGAACUUGUUCUUCUUGCUGAAUAUUGUUCGAGUGCUGGUUACCAAGCUGAGGGACACUCACCGGGCUGAGUCCAACAUGUAUAUGAAGGCAGUGAGAGCAACCCUGAUCCUGGUGCCGCUGCUUGGGAUUCAGUUCGUUAUCUUCCCCUGGAGGCCGGAGAACCGUCUAGCUGGGGAGGUCUACGACUACAUCAUGCACAUCCUCAUGCACUACCAGGGUUUACUGGUGGCAACAAUAUUCUGCUUCUUCAAUGGGGAGGUGCAGGCAGCUCUAAAGAGACAAUGGAUGCAGUACAAGACCCAAUGGGGCCAGAGACGACGGGAACACUGCUCCAUGCGCUCCACCUCCUACACAGCCACCUCCAUCACAGAGGUGCCGGCCUGCAUGUACCACCAUGACUGUAAUAGCGAACACUUGAACGGACGCCACGCGGAGGACUCUGAGCUAGUGGCGCUAAAAACAGGAGAGACGUACGCUUGA